AUGGUAAGAAAAGGUUGGAAAAACUUUUUUCCAAAAAGGUUGGAAAGAUCUUGUCUCUGUUAUACUCAACUCAGGUCUGGUCAGUCUUACUCAUUGAAACAUUUUUCAUAUCCUAGACUGCGCAUUUUCACCCCAGACUAGCUUUCAUUUUCUGAUUGAAGGUAGUGCUGAAUAAUAACAAUAAUAAUAAUAAUAAUUCUGCAGAGUAGAGUCCUGCAGGAAAAUAUCUGGGUUGCCAAAACAAGUAGCAUCAGUGCUUUGAUGAGCUUUCUUGAAAAUAGCAGCAGUUAUUUCCAAUUACAUCUUUUAUUUUGUGGUAUAGAGAUUAAUAAGGAACACCUGCAGGAUGGUAAUAAAAGGUUGGUAAAUAUUCUAAAAUGGGCUUCCCAAAGAACGUUCACAAACCAGAACAGUCACUUUGGGUUUGCAGCAUUCGGGAGCCAAAACAUUUAGGAACUAAGCUAUUCCAAAACUAAGGUACGACUAGAUUUUAUUUUGAACAACUGCAAUUGCAGUAAUAAAGAGUCCACUCGUGAUUAAAAUUAAAGAAAAAUUAAUUUUAAUUUUCCUUAUUCCAUUUGUUAAUUCAGUGCAAUUCUAUUACAACUGAUUUUGACAUCUCGAUGACUAAGCUGUAGCAAUAAACAUCUGAUUACGAGAACGUAAUCAGUCUAUCUCAUAUAUUAGUUUCACCUUUAGUCUAUCUCAUAUAUUAGUUUCACCUUUUAAGUUGAAUUACUGAAAUAAAUGAACUUUCCCACGAUAUUCUAAUUAGCUCAGCAGGCUUCCUUUCAUGCACUUUACUUACAGUCCGCAUCUUGGGUUCACAGUUCCCUUCUGAAGGCGGUACUGCAGCGGCAAUCGGAGAGCCCGGUCAUUGCGCCCACGCUUUGCUAGACUUACCCAGAGCUACAAGAUGUCUCUCAAGGAAAAGCUGAUUGAAAAUGUUCACAAAGUAUGUCCCUACCCCCCCUCGAAGAGACCCUUUUUGCCCCCACCCCACCCCACCCCAGCUCUGCCCUUGCCCUCUCCCUCCUACACCCCUGAACACUGGCAUGAGUACGACUAAUCAAAAUUUCCUGGAUGGUCCUCUGCUCAAAGCCUGGAGAGCCAAGUUGGUCGCUGUGGCGUUCGUACGGAGCCCCCGGUCGUCUCACGGACUAUUGACCCGUACACCACUAAUCCGCUGCCACCAACCAGGUCCUCCCUGGUAAAAUCACUUCAGUCUCAGUCAGAUUCUCAAUUAAUAAAGAAGAGUGUAUUUUAUUUCAGACACAAACAAAACUUUUAUAGCAUUCCAAACGUUGUUGCUCUUUACUUUCUUAGUCUUAUUUUCCUCUCUCUGUCUCUUCUACCUCCCCACACUCAAGAACCCACUGCCCUAACUGUCUCUCUAUUACCAACUGCCUUUCCCAGGGGCCCUUCUACCGUAUUUUUCACCCUAUAGGACGCACUUUUUCCCCUCCAAAAAUGAAGGGGAAAUGUGUGUGCGUCCUAUGGGGCGAAUGCAGGCUUUCGCUGAAGCCUGGAGAGCGAGAGUGCGCACCGACCCCUCUCGCUCUCCAGGCUUCAGAAAGCUAUCCGCAAGCCAUGGGAGAGCUGCGCGACUUCGUGCAGCUCUCCCGCGGCUUGCAGAGAGCUGCCUGCACCCCGACGCCUGGGCGCGCUGAGCUCAGCACGCCCCAGGCUUCGGGCUUCGCGCAGCUCACCCACGGCUUGCGGAUAGCAGCCUGUUCUGGGGGCUGGGGUCGGGGGAAGCUCUGGCUUCCCCCGCCCCAGCCCCGCAUCUGGGGGGGGGAAUUCUUUAUUUCCCCCCCAAAAAACUAGGUGCGUCCUAUGGGCCGGUGCGCCCUAUGGGGCGAAAAAUACGGUACUUUACAUCUCAGCAAUAAUUCAAAUGGGCUAAAUCCGGUACUUUCUUGGGGUACAUCCCUAUAGGCAUAAAGUAGUGGCUGUAGCGUGUCAUCCCAAUCAUUGGGAUUUUCUGCGGUAUAGGCUUUAAUCAUUCUCUCUCUCUCUCUUUUUUAUAAGAUAUUUAUUAAAAUUUUCAAAGUGUUACCAAAUAAAAUAAAAGCAGUAGAAAAUACAAAAUAAAAAUAGUUAACAAAGUAGAAAAAGAAAAGAAAAACAAACCCCUUCCAACCACAUGAAUACAAAUUCAAAAAUAAGAAAAGGUGACAGGAAAAAAAAUACAAAAAUACAUCACAAACAAUUAAAAACAUUUAAAAACAAAUUCAUUAUUCUCAAAUCCUCAACUGUCAUUACCUUCUUUCUUUGACCUCCUCCUCCUCCCUUUCUUUGUAUCCUAGUUAUUAAUUAUCCCAGCAAAUCCUUUCCAUAUUUCAUAAUAUUCUGUCAUUACAUUACCCUAAACUGUUUUAAUCUUAUCUUUCUAUAAUAAAAUAAAUCUUAAAGCUUAAAACUUAAAUCUUAUCCUUACCAACUUCUCAUAACCAUAGUAUUCUUUCAUAAUUCUUUAAACAUCUUUACUAAAGCCAAGUAAUUUCAUUCCAACAUUUUUCUAACAUUCAUCAAUUUUAUAAAACAGUUCUAAUGGUAAAAAAACGAGAUGCAAACAGAUCCAAUCUUCAUCCAACGUCCCUUCCUCCUGGUUCCGGGUUUUGUCAGUCCUUAUUAUCCCGUCGAUCUAGCCCAUUAACCUGGCAGCCUUAUAUCCGAGGCCCUCAAGUCUCUUCCAUGUCCCUUCCGCAGCUCUUCUUCAUAUUUGUAACAGUAUUUUCCCUUGUCUCCUGCUCGUGGUAACUCCAGCUUGGCAAUAUUUUUAACCCUUCUCGACAGAUCAGCCCCUUUUCCAUAUUCAACACUGAAUUCCAUAUGGUAUUUGAAAGCAUGUUUCAAGGACCCUCCAAAAUUAAGAGCCCCCACAAUCCCAAACAUCUCACGGCCCAUUGCCAGAUUUGAAAAGUCCAAACAUCCCAGCAUAGGGGGGUCAAUCCAGCCCCCCAUUUCCAAACCAAACCAAACUUUUUCUUUCCAAAUCUGGCUUUUUCCAAGUUCAUCUGUCAAAUCCGAAAACUCAUAUUCCUGUUGGGCCUGUUCUGUCAGGACACACUCCUGAUUUAAUUCCUGAGUGGGCUCCACAUAUUUUCCCACUGUCUGUUCAAAAUUUCCCACUGUCUGUUCAAAAUUUCCCACUGCCUGUUCAAAAUUUCUCGUCGAAGUCGCCAUCCAAUUCACCUUCUCAUGUAACUGUUCCAGUAGGGCAUUUGUUUUAUAAAAAGCACACAACAAAGCUUCUGAAUACAUUGUCCUGCAAGGUCAAAUGCCUGUUCCCACGAUUGUAAUCUGUAACAGCUGCCGGCUCCCUGGAGUUGGUUACAGUUACACAGUCUCCCUCUAGGGGGAAAACUUCUAUUUGUUCUUGCAACAAAGUUUCCCUUUUUGAGAUACUUUGUCAAUAUUUGUUGCUUAAAGAUGCGAAGGGAAGCAGUGGAAUCGCUAUGUUUCUCUUCUUUUAGCUAUCUGUCAAAAACGCUUGUCUCUGGUCAAUGAACUUCAAACGUCAGUCCUGACACCCCGCUCCAGGAUCAGGACGGAGGAAAGUUACUUUACUUUAAACUCACUUUAAACAGUCCGAAAAAGAUCCCCCCUUCUCCUGCUGUCGAAGGGGGGUUCCACAAUUUUAAAUGAUGAAAUCCAAUCCUUUAAAGGCGAUUUUCUAAGCUCUAGUUUACGUUGUCUUUGUUUUAUUCUGUCUACAAAAGAACGGAAGGCUGACUUCCUGUUUAGACCUUCCCAUUCCGUACCAAAUUAAAAUAGGUUUUUAAAAUCCAAUUCCUUUCUGCUCUCAAGUCUUUAUUUAAUGUCCAGUUGUUCAAAAUCUAAGUACUCACGGGUGCUUAUUUUAGAGUCCAAAUUGUCCCAGGAAAAAGGCAGCGCUCUCCGGCAACGGCUAUGCGGCUUCGCUCCAUGGAAAUAGCAGUUGACUCACAGCAGCGCGCCACUUCCCCCUCUUCACUUCGGAGCCCGUUAGUGGGUUCCUUAGCAAGUUGGGGGGGCGCUAAAGGUGCCCGCCGAGUCCCAUGGUCACAGGCUUCAUCCGCCUGUGAUUUUUAAAAGGGUCCCCGCUUCGCCGUAGCGGAGAAGACCCGUUUCCCGCGGAGCUAGUCCCUCCUGUUCAGAGGGAGUCCGCCAUUGCCGAUGGCGCCACCCCGGAAGUCUAGGCUUUAAUCAUUCUCAUUAGGGUUCCAUUAAAUCUUUCAACUAAUCCAUUAGUUUCAGGGUGAUAAGGUGUUGAUGUUAAAUGCUGAAUACCACACACCUCCCAUAGUCUUUUCAUUAGUCUUGAUGUGAAAGAAGAACCCAAGUCAGUGACUAUUUCACUGGCAAAGCCCAAUCUACUCAUAUAGUUAAUUAAAGCAGUUGCCACUGUUUCUAUUUCAAUGUUUCGCAAUGGAAUGGCUUCUGGAUAUUUGGUUGCGUAAUCCACUAUGGUGAGGAUGUAUCUGUUUCCCCGCCUGCUGGCUCUAGGCAAGGGCCCUAUCAGGUCCAGCCCUAACCAUUGAAAAGGGGUUGAUAUGAGAGGCAAGGGGCACAAUUUGGCUUUUGUUUUGUCUUGACCGGUGCCUCUUCUCUGACAUAUGUCACAGGCUUGACAGUAUUGUUUUGUUCGUUUCCCCAUGCCUGGCCAAUAAAAUUUUUGAGCCACUCUCCGUUUUGUACGUGUAAUACCCAUAUGCGCUCCAAAUGCACUGUUGUGAGCGUGCUGCAGGAUUUUGCCUCGGUAUUCAUGUGGGAUUACUAACUGUCUUUUCACUUCUUCACCCCCCUAGAUGGUGGGGCAAGGACUUCUCGAUAUAAAAGGUCCCUGCUCAAACAAAACCGUUCUGGGCACUCAGGAGUUAACGCCCUCUCCGACUCAGCUGCCUCAAAGUACAUUUGUAACUCAGUGUCUUCUUUUUGCUUUUUGGCAAAACUUGGGGUUUGACUUUUAGUCAAAGGAAACGAAAAGGUGUCUUUUCCUUCCUCACACUGAUCAUCCCCUGGCUGUCCUUCAGCACUGUCUGCCUCUGCUACUGUAUCCACCCCCUCAGGUUUAGGUGACUGUGGGCUCCCUUUUGCUCUGGUAACUAUGAAAGAACUCUGCACAUGUUCUAAAAUGUCCCAACCAGUGAGCACAGGGGCGGGAAUUUCUUCCGAAAGGGCUACCUGCCACUUCCCUGCCCAGUUUUUGAACCUGACAUCUACUUCUGCCACCUUUAGGAUCUCUGCUUGUUUCGAAAUUCCUUUUAAUUUCAUUAAUUUCCCUGGAAUUAUCCCUGAUUAUCUCAGGGUGGACAAUAGUGACUUGCGAUCCCGUGUCCUUUAACCCGAAAUAUCUUUUUCCGUCUAUCCAGAUAUACUCUCCAGCCUUCUUUAACAAGAGAUUAUCUUGUUGUAUCGCAUAACAGUGCAGGACUUUGGCCUCUACUACCUCAGCAGGCUCGGGCCUAGUUGCCAUGGCCGUUUCCUUGACAACCUGACUAGUCUGGCCCUGCUCCACAGGCUGCAUACAAUAUGUCUGUUUCUGUGUGCUGCUAUAACUAGACGUUUCUUUUCCUGUUUUACAAUCAAAACUUUUAUGACCUAAUUUUCCACAUCUCCAGCAUGAAAUGUCUUUGGGUCCUACAUAACUUGUUUUAUUGGCUUUUCCCUCAGUAAACUCUGUAUGGGUGUGUGCCUUCUCAUGUGGGCUUUUUGAUGAGGGGCUACUUCUCUCAUCGGUUUCUGAGGUAAUCUUUCCUUUGGUUUGCUGAAAUUUAUUCUUGUUUGUUUCCCAAGAUCUCCCACCAAUUUUUGGCUCAUUGAAUCCGUGCUCUCUGAUUUCGUUUAUUUUAUCGGCUAAACCAGCUGCUUCCUCUAUUGUCUUGGGGUUCCUUUCUUUUAUCAGGUACUUCAAUUGGCCAUUUAUUGUUUUGUAAAAUUGCUCCAACGCUACCACUUCUCUAAUCUUAGGUACCGUGUCUGCAUUCUCUUGCUCUAACCAUCUUGUGAGGUAAGUUUUUAUCUUUGCACCUAGCUGCGCAUAGGUUUCCUCCCUCACCUUUGUCACACUUCUAAAUUUUUUCCUCAACUGCUCUGAGGUAAUCCCAAAGCGUGUGUAUAUUAACUGCUUGUACACCUCAAAAUUUCGGGAUUGUUCCUCAGUCAUUUGAGCAUAUAUUUCGGCCAGAGGACCGCUAAUCCUAGCUCUCAAGAUCAUCAUUUUAUCUUCCUCUCUCACUUGAAAAUCGUGACAGGCUCUUUUGAAGGAUACUAGAAAUGCUUCUUGGCUAUCCUUAUCUCUAAACUCAGGGAAGCGUUUUAAAUCUACCUUCAUUUGAUUCUGCCCAUCGGUGUUAUUACUAUUAUUACGAUUUUCUAAAACCGUUAAUUCCAACGGUCUCAUCUCUAACUGAAACCGCUCCUGUUCCCUUUCCUGCUCCACCCUCACUUUUUCUUUUUCCAAUUCUUGCUCAAGCCUAAUUUUUUCUUGUUCAAGCCUAUUUUUCUCAAGCUCCAAUUUCAAGUUAUAUUCUUGUACUAAUUUCCGCUUUUCAAAAUCCUCUGAAAACUGUGGAACUUCUACUUCAGGUGGGGUUUUAGUCAUCUCUUCUAUUCUUGUUUCCUCCCCCUGGGGAUUCCCAUUCUCUUCCCCAGAGCUUUCGUAUGGGUUUUUUCUCACUGGGUGCUUGGUCUUCUUAGGUGGCAUUAUGGGUGAGUCAGUGUUUUCACUAAUUAAUUAAAUAAGAGAAUUUUACUUCCAACACUGUUCCUCCCGGCUUGGCUUUUCAAGACCCUGGUCCUCAAAGUAUAGCUUUAGGUUUUUGCCUCUAACCUUUCAAGCUUACUUCCUCUGACCCUGAGCCUAAGCCUCCGCCAGAACAGUCUUUUGAGAUCUCUUGCUCUUAUUGUUAUCUCGGCCUCAUGGCAAUCUGGGAUUUAUCCUCAAUCACACCCUCGGGCCAGGUAAUCACUUCACCGAUUUACCCUUCCCCUCUCCAGGUGUAUUGCUUCCGCUCACAGGCACUUAGACUUAUCGAAUCCCACCGCUGCCGCCAAUUUUGUGGCGUUCGUACGGAGCCCCCGGUCGUCUCAUGGACUAUUGACCCGUACACCACUAAUCCACUGCCACCAACCAGGUCCUGCCUCGUAAAAUCACUUCAGUCUCAGUCAGCUUCUCAAUUAAUAAAGAAGAGUGUCUUUUAUUUCAGACAUAAACAAAACUUUUACAGCAUUCAAAACGUUGUUGCUCUUUACUUUCUUAGUCUUAUUUUCCUCUCUCUAUCUCUUCUACCUCCCCACACUCAAGAACCCACGGCCCUAAGUGUCUCUCUAUUACCAACUGCCUUUCCCAACCAGCCAACCCACUAAAUCCAACCAACUGCCCACCAACAACUCCCAACGAACUCCUCCCAGAACUGGUUUUAUAGUCCCACUGACUCCACCCCCCUGGGUCCUGACUGUGCAACCUAUUUAACUAUUUCCCCUCCAGCACUCUCUCAUAUAUGUUAACAUCACAUACCUCCCCCCUUAAGAAGUUUCGAUUCAGGAGGGUUAACUUCUUAAAGUUACACUCCUGAUCAAACAGUUUUGUAUGUUGUUUUGUUUUCCCCCAUAUAUAUAUAUAUAUACAUGCAUAAACAAGUAAAUUGUUGAUUGUCUUUGUGCAUCCUUCACUCUCAGUUUUCGGAAAGGAAGAAGGAGGGGGGAAAAGAAAGAAGGGACGCUGGAAGGGCGGCUCCGAGUCGGGCACUCGACUAG